CAAUCCAGCAGCAUAACAAGCGUCUGGUGAAAAGCCCCGUCUCGGCGAAACGUCCCUCCUUUGACCCGUUUAUUGGAGAAAUAAGCGCAACAAAUUGAGUAUUACUCAAAGUUGGAUUUUACGUGAAGUGAAAGAAGAGUGAAGGUUCUUCAUAAGUGAGCUUCACCAGGUCCUUUAUGUGAGAGGACCGUGCUGGAGAGAAACCGGGACAGAGACUGGAGGAGAGACACCGGGAGCUGCAGAGAUUUGUAUCCUGGACCAGUGCUCGUGUUUAGAAAGUCGAGACAUCGUCUCCUUCAUCUGACCACAGGGAAUAAACUCAGGGGGGAAAGAACUCUGUCGAGACGUUUUCCACGUGCUUUGGUGUAGACACACGCAGGUGUUCGAGCUGAAUCAUGGAGGCCAUUGCCAAGUAUGAUUUCAAAGCCACUGCUGACGACGAGCUGAGUUUUAAACGAGGAGAGAUCCUAAAGGUAUUAAAUGAAGAAUGUGACCAGAACUGGUACAAGGCAGAGCUGAACGGCAAAGAUGGCUUCAUCCCCAAGAACUACAUAGAAAUGAAAGCACACCCGUGGUUCUUUGGGAGGAUUCCUCGGGCGAGAGCAGAGGAGCUGCUGAACAAACAGAGGCACGAUGGAGCUUUCCUUAUCCGAGAGAGCGAGAGUGCGCCUGGAGACUUCUCCCUGUCUGUGAAGUUCGGCAAUGACGUGCAGCACUUCAAGGUGUUGCGUGAUGGGGCAGGAAAGUACUUUUUGUGGGUUGUAAAGUUCAACUCCCUCAACGAGCUGGUGGAUUAUCACCGCUCAACUUCAGUGUCUCGAAACCAACAGAUCUUUCUACGUGACAUCGAGCAGGUGCCACAGCACCCCACAUACGUGCAGGCCCUAUUUGACUUUGACCCUCAGGAGGACGGAGAGCUGGGUUUCCGCCGCGGAGAUUUCAUCCAGGUCCUGGACAACUCUGAUCCUAACUGGUGGAAGGGUGCAUGCCACAGCCAGACAGGCAUGUUCCCGCGUAAUUACGUCACACCUGUCAACCGGAACAUGUAAACGCCAGAAGUAUAGGUCCCUUCUUUCCAAACACACACACCCCUCCUUAAAUAAGCCUAAAUGUCCCCCUCUGCCUCUAACACCCUGUGUUUGCAGAGUGAAAAGAGAAAAAUGGAAACUGAAAAAAGAAAAAGAAAAAAAAAAAAGGUCAGAAGAGUGUGUUUCAUUUCUCCCUUGACAAAUGGGCAAAAGAAAAUCAAUGCUGAUUCCUGAGAAUUAUUGAUUGCAUCACUAUGAACGCUUGCAGCCAGGGUCUAACGAGCCUAAGCUUAAGCAGCACCACACACAUCACACAAAUUAACACCACAACAAUCCUGUGUGUAGGUUUCCCCCGCUCCAUCUGCCUCCCCAUCUUCUCUUCAACACAUUUUCACUGUAGUGCAUUGUCCUUCCAUUAAGUUUUGGCUGCAUGUUUUAAUCACAUUGUAACAGAAAAUUUUGAGGCCAAUUUAUGUUUUAAAAAAAAAAAAAGGAAAAAGAUGUAUUUAAAAAAAAAAGCAACCACAUGUUAGAUAGAUGCCAUUUUAAAAAUAAAACAAAAAAAAGGUAAUUGAUGCUAAUUACAAGUUGCAAAGUCUGAAAGAACAGGCACAAGAACUUUGUACAUCAGUUUUUGGCCGUGAAAAUAUACAUAGAGAGAGAAUCCAUUUUUAAGGAGAUAUAUAUUAUAUAUUUGUAUGUGUUUGUCUGUUUUAUCUUUCCACAAAACUUUUUUUUUUUUGUUCAGAUGUAAAUUAUGUUCAGUUGGUUUUUUUUGGAUGAAACGGAGUAUCUCUGGGACAUGCUGAAUAGUCAGUAUAAUUUUGAUGAAUUAUGAUCUGAGUUUUCUCAGAUAUGUCAGCAUGCUAUUUAACUCGCCACAUAUUUCGUUUGGAGAAAGAAAAAAGUUAGUUUUGGAGCUGCAUAUUCUUAAACGUAACUGUUUAUCAGGACUCUUUCAGUGACAUGCAUGCAGGUAAGAGCCGUUUUAUCCUGCAGGAGUUUGUCUAAUGUGAAAUUGUCGCGAGGCCAGCCACCAUUCGAAGCCAAGGUAUUUACUGCAGCCACUUUGUUUGUUUUUUGUUUUGUUUUGUUUUGGUUUUUCCUCGGGCCGUGAAUGUAGCUGACUUUAGACCUUUAGAAAUGAGCAUGAGGGAAAUAAGGUCACUGUCCUGAACCACACACCCGCUCGAGUUUUCAAAGGCGCAUCUAUUUACAGUGUCAAAACCAUGUGUGACCAUGUAUGCAUACACACACAAACAAUAUGCACAGGCACGUAUACACAUUUUAAGCAGAAGAUUGAAAGUCGUGCGAUUUUGAGCUUUCAUUACGAUCUAUUUUGCCAGUCCCCAAACUGGCACCAAUAAUACCAGUAUGCGAAUCCAUAAAGAGGCUUUGUAUGUGAAUAGUAGAGAUAUCAGCUUUACUCAUGUACCUGUUAUUUUCCCCCUUCUCUCCAUUCUUAUUGUGUGUUUUGAGCACUUUCUAUGUCAGCCAUUUUGAUUUCUUUGUUUUAUGUAGUUUUUUUUUCCCCCCCAAACUUUUUUUUUUUUUUUGUUUUCUCUGAAUUAGUGCCUUUUUCUCUGGUGUGUCAGUGUCUCUGGCCUGUAGCUUUGGCC